UCCAAAACAGUUCUAACAUCGAAUGCAUGGCGUGUGCAUGUGUUUGUGUUCCUUCAAUUUCCUCAAUAAAAAAAAGUUUCUCGGCGCAAUUAUUAUAAGUUUAUUUCUAUAAAAACAAAAACAAUCGUAAAUAAAUAAAAUUGUACACAUCAUGUGCCGUCUGUUCACGAAUUCCUUUUGUUGAUUCAUACUUGAAAUAUUGAUUGUGCAUUUAUAAGAGUCAAGCAACGAUUCAGUUUUCUUAAAGAAUUCAUUCCAAAAUUGUUCAAUUUUAUUCAACUUAAAAAAAAGUGUUUAUAGUGUAUUGAAGGGCCUUGAACAGCAGUACAUCAAAUAAAUGCCGUAUUUGGUGGAUUGGUAAUUGUCGACAAAUAAAGCGUUUUGGAAACUUGUUUUCUAACGUUAUGCUGUCGUUACAAAAGGAAAAAUUCCUAAAACCUGAUGACGAUUCCUUUGCGUCGGAACGAGAUUGUGUCGGCUCGGAUGAGGUGACAACUUUUGUGUAUAAUUCGAAUCAUUCGCUAACGAUACAAGCACAACGAGAGCGGCUGCCAAUUCGAAAUUAUCGCGAUCAAAUACUGUAUUGUUUGGAGAACUAUCAAACGCUAGUGCUUGUCGGAGAAACGGGAAGCGGUAAAUCCACUCAAGUUCCACAGUACUUGUACGAAUUGGGAUGGCAUCUGAAAGGAAACGGGAUAAUUGGCGUAACCGAACCGCGACGCAUUUCAGCAAUUACGCUUGCAGACCGGGUAUCGAAUGAAAGAGGUGAAAUACUGGGAGACACUGUAGGCGUUAGUGUAAGCUUUGUCGAUAAACAUUGUGCAGGUACUUGUGUGAAGUACAUGACUGAGGGCAUUCUUUUACGAGAAAUGCUUGCCGAUCCUCUGCUUCAAAAGUUUGGUGUAAUUAUAGUCGAUGAAGCUCACGAACGUAACAUUUUGACCGACAUCGUUUUGGGACUUUUGAAGAAAAUUAUGAAGAAACGCGAUUCAUUGAAAGUCAUAAUAGCCUCAGCCACAAUUGAUGCAGAGUUUUUCAGAGAUUUCUUCAAUUUAAGAACAACUUCUAAAACCGGACAGAAGAAAGACUCAUCCGUAAUAUUGUCGGUCGAGGGCAGAAUGUAUCCCGUUGAUGUGUACAACAUGCAGGCUACUUGUCCGGACUAUGUUAAAGAAACUGUAAACACGAUCAUGAAAAUUCACGAGAAGGAAAAGCCUGGAGACAUUCUAGCAUUUUUAACUGGCCAAGAAGAAGUGAUGGACGUGGUUGAUUUGUUGCGUGAGCACAUUCAAGACAGACCAAAAGACGAUUUGCAGGUGCUUCCAAUGUAUGGAACUCUAACAAACUCCGACCAAUUGAAGGUAUUUUUCACUGCACCAAAGGGCACGAGAAAGGCCAUCAUAGCCACAAACAUUGCCGAAACAUCGGUCACGAUACCAGGCAUUGUCUAUGUCAUCGACAGUGGAUUUACCAAAUUGAAAUGGUUUGACGCGGAGAGUAACACAGACAGUUUAAUCAUUGUACCAAUAAGCAAGGCAGCGGCUGAACAACGAGCUGGACGUGCGGGACGUAUGCGAAAUGGAAAGGUCUAUCGAUUGUAUACGGAUGAAGAAUACGAGAAACUUUCUGAUCAAACACCGCCGGAAAUGAGACGCUCAGAUCUGUGUUCGACGAUAUUGUUUUUGAAGGCGCUCGGAAUUGACAACAUUUUGAGGUUUGACUUCCCUUCACCGCCUCCAGCUAAGAAUAUGUUGGCUUCUCUGGAAACAUUAUUUGCGUUAGAUGGUCUCGACCGCAACGGCGAUCUCACAAAUCCGAUCGGUUAUUUUCUAGCAGAACUACCCAUCAACGCAAUGAUGGGCAAAAUGCUCUACAAUUCAAUUCAAAUGGGAUGCUCCGAAGAAAUUCUAAGCAUCAUCGCAAUGGUACAGGUCCAGUCGGUAUUCUCGAAGCCCACUUCCGGACAGGGACAACUGACCGCACGAGUGAAAAAACGAGAAUUCGAAGUCGAAGAGGGUGACUUGAUAUCGUUGCUGAAUGUGUACAGUGGAUUCGUCAAGAACGGCCGCACGAAGGAAUGGUGCGGACAACAUUAUGUCAUCUAUCGAAAUUUGAAACGGGCCCACGAACUGCGUCAACAAUUGCUCAGUUUGGCUAGAAAUAAGAUCGGAAUGCCAAUCGUAUCGUGUGAUGGAGAUGUGAGAGUGUUACGGCGCUGUAUUACAUCGGGUUUCUUUCCGAAUGCAGCUUAUUUACACCAUUCAGGAGUAUAUCGUACCUGUCGAGGCAACAAAGAGCUACACAUACAUCCAUUGUCCUGUCUGUACACGCUACGUCAGCCGCAAUAUAUAAUUUUUUGUGAACUGCUACACACAACGAAAGUGUUCAUGAAAGAUCUAACCGUCAUUGAGCCUCAAUGGUUGACCGAACUGGCACCACAUUAUUAUCAUAAGGCGGCUGUGAAGUACGAAGACCGUUGAACAAUAACAACAAUUCCUUUUCUUUAGUAAAAAUGAAAA